UGUCAGCCCCGCUGCAAAGAGUGCGGCACGAAGGAUGGCAGAACAGAUCCAGCAUGAGGAUGGUGUGAACCGCGGUGCGGAGAGCUUCUAUCGCCAUCUCCCUUUGAAAAAUAUGAGAUGUGACCUGGAUCCUUCACGGAUAGGGAUCUGGUGGUCCCCGAAAUAUUGCCUGAGGCUCAGUGCUUUUGCCGCGCAUGUCUUAGCUGCCGCACGAGAGCUUGAUAUGGGAAGCUUGCAUGUGCAUCGUUCCAAGGAGUAUAAACUACGCAAAGACAUUUCGGAUCCCAUAACCGGCACGUCAAGUGCGGUUUUUUGGACGAUUACUCACUGUUGUGCUGGGAUUGCGAAGAUCUUCCAUUCCCCUGUUUCUGGCAUCAUACAAUCGACAACUGCCCUUCCACAUGGAAUGAUAAAGAUUGUGGUGAAUAUACAUCAUGGUUUCCAGAAUGCGCCGAGGCUGUAUGGUUCUCAAGUAAGAGAACCCGGUAAGGUAACUAAUUUCAAGAGCGGGCUUAAAGAAGCCGGAAAGGGGUUUGCAUACGGCUUGUAUGACGGAGUUACGGGACUUGUGCGUGAGCCCAUUAAGGGUGCCCAGAAAGAUGGAUUUGUCGGCGCACUCAGAGGAUCUGCUCGGAGCUUUGCGGACAUAGUCAUUAAACCCUCGGCAGGAGCUCUUGGUAUCGUGACCCUUCCCAUAUGUGGCGCUUAUAAAAGUAUUCGGCCUGGUCUUGGUCAGAAGCAGGAGAAGCGUCGAAGAAGUUCGCGUAUGUCAGAAGGGUUUGAGGAAGUGAGACGAAGCACCUUAGAGGAGCAGAUGGUAAUAAUAAAGCGGUUCCGCGAGGCCAAAGCGACCACUUCAGAGCGCCGGAAGGCAAUGUCGAAGGCGGCCCGCGGUGUGGUGUACGAAGAUGUCGAGGAACAAGUUGACCCAAGGGUAGGGAGACGAGGAGACGAGGACUGGCACGAAGCCUCAGAUGCUUAUCAGGAUGCCAGAGGGUUAUUAUUUGAGCGGUUUAUACACGCUGAAGCGAGUGGGUCCCAGUCAGACCAGGACGAGAUGGGAUUUUCCUAGAGAUAUGGAACUUUCCAGACAACUUUCUAUGGCGGAGCAGUGAGGGUACGAGCUCGGGCUUUCUAAAUGUAUACCACAUACGCUAGCGUGAGGUUCCUAGCUAGAUGUAUGCUUAUUUUUGAUGUAUAUACUAUAAUCCGCCUCACUAGCAGUGUUUUUGGAUGUACAACUUCGUUUCUGAC